UUUUAGUUUUUUCUCCUGGAACUUCAGAUUCCCAUUCUUUGCCUGUGCCAUCGGCGAAUUGCAGAUGAAACAAACUUUGAAUGAGGAUAUUUUAAAACAACAAAGUUAUAGGGCAACAGCUGUGAACGCAAGCUGUAAUUGCAGACUGCUAACUACUUCCGGUGAUGCAGGACACGGCCGCCGUAGGUUAAAGGUGACCUCAUUUGUUAUAUUAUUUUGUUUUUUAAGUACUUUUUUUGUGAAAGUGAAACUGAGAGUAUACUUAGGGUACAGUGUGCACUAACACAAUAAUAUAGAACAUUAAUAACACGCACACAGACACACAUAUUUUAUUUUAAUCAAUUUCUCCCGAGACACCCGCGAUAGACUUGGCACCAGUUCGCGGGCUACCGGUUGAUCGCGAUCGACUGGUUGGGCACCCCCAAUGAUUAGGGGGUGAACAGUCGUGUUUUUACUGUAAUUAAGACGAAUCACCGCAUGCUUGGCGAUAUCUGUCAGUGACUUGGACGAAACGAAUCUGGAAACCUAAGCAGCCAAUCACAUCGCAGCAGGGCGUGUCCUGUCCUGCCCCACUUCCGCCACACAGCUACUUUCGUACACGGGUUUUCUUGACGUUAUUCACCGCUAUCCGCUUAAUAUUGCCUUGCGAUUUAGUACUGAACGGACUGCAGCCUCCAUACAAGACGUCCGUCACAACUGAAGAACUACAAUGUCGCUUAUUGAGUUUUUGUGUGCCGAUAAACGCGUCGUGGUGCGCGUUGUUCUCGGCCAUGUUAGCUUAGCUUAGUUUGGCUUACUAGCCGAUCACAAAGAAAAGCACGUUGUCAACCUGAGCUCGACUGCGAAUUUAUUGGGAUUAUCGCGUGAAAAUGUCUGCAAGACCAACACUUAAGUACGAGGAGGAACUUUGUGGAAUAAAAGAAGAGAAUGUGCAACAUCUUCAACGGCUGGAUGAUCUUUACAAGCGGUCUGGAAUUGUGCUACACACAGCAGACGUGAGUGAAAACUACCUUCAUCUGAGCAACAGGAGACAGAAUCCUCUCACAUUAAAAACGAGGAUGAGGAAGAGCACCAUUGCAUUAAAAAGGAGGAGUCAGAGGCCCCAAUCAUGAGACAGGAGGAGGAGGAAAAUGAUAUCACCAACUUGCCAUUGACGUUUGCCCCCCUGAAGAGUGAAGAUGAAGACAAGGGUGAGAGUGAGGAGGACAAAGGUACAGAGUGUCCAAGCGGCAGCUCAAGUCAACACAUAACAGAAGGUGAAGCAGACCACUGUGGAGUAUCACAAGUACUAAGUGUUGACUUUACAUUACACUCUUCUGAAACAGAUAAUGAUGAUGAUGAAGAUGAAUAUGAGCACUAUAAAGGUGAUAAGGCAUGCGACAACGACAAAAAAUGCUCCAAAUGUUUCCAGUGUGGCAAAACAUUUUCUUCAAAGUGGUCUUUAAAAGUGCUCGCAAGAGAACACACUGAAGCCAAACCUUUUACCUGCUUAGUUUGUGGUAAAGGUUUUCAAAAGUCAAGAUUAGUAACACACACAAGAACGCACACUGGAGAAAAACCUUUUUCCUGCACGGUUUGCGGUAAUAGCUUCUCUCAAAAAGGAAAUUUAAGCGAACGCUCAAGAACCCACACUGGAGAGAAACCGUUCGCAUGCUCACUUUGUGACAAACGGUUCUCCCAAAAGGUAUCUUUAGGAACCCACACGAGCACACACACCGGAGAGAAACAUUUUGCCUGCCCGUUUUGUGGUAAAAACUUCUCUCAAAAGUCAAGUGUGACACACACAAGAACACACACUGGGGAGAAAGGUUUUGCCUGCUCCGUUUGUGGUAAAAGCUUCUCUCAAAAGAAUAAUUUAACAGGCCACACAAGAACACACACUGGAGAGAAACCUUUUGCUUGCUCACUUUGCGUCAAAAGCUUCUCUAACAAGUCCAAUUUAAUUAAACACAAAAGAACACACACCAGAGAAAAACCUUUUGCUUGCUCAGAUUGUGACAAAAGCUUCUCUAACAAGUCCAAUUUAAUUAAACACAAAAGAACACACACCAGAGAAAAACCUUUUGCUUGCUCAGAUUGUGGCAAAAGCUUCUCACAAAAGAAUCAUUUAAUAGCACACCCAAGAACACACACUGGAGAGAAACCUUUUGCUUGCUCACUUUGCGUCAAAAGCUUCUCUGACAAGUCCAAUUUAAUGAAACACAAAAGAACACACGCUGGUGAGAUAACAUUCCCUUGCAAUGUGUGAGCUAAAAUAUUCUCCAAUAGACCAGAUGUUGAGCGACACGAGUGUGCUGAUGAGAAGAGCGGUGAUCGUUGAAGCUUGAAGAAGAAGCUGACUCUUGGUGGUAAGACGUAAAAGUAUGAAUAUGAAUUGGAUUAAAAUAUGAAGAAGAUGCUAAGAUGCUGUUGUGUCAAAAGCUUCUAUGAUCACCCCAGUUUGAACAAAAGCAGC